AUGGCAUCAAAAGUUGUUCAUUUGGUUCAAGAUCAGAACCUUAAUAUUCACCCUGAUGGUACUUGGGUUUUAGGAAAGGGUGAUGCUUUCAUAUCAACAAAGAAAGGGAGACUUGGUGGAAGGAAACCUCUGGGAGAUCUAUCACAUUGGGGGGAGCCUGAUUUUACCAAGGCAUCAAAAAAGCCCGCUCUCACUAACUUUCUCGAAAUCAUUGCUGACUCUAGCAGUAAGAAAGGCUCGUCCAAAACCUCAGGCAAACUGCAGAUCAAUAUGCACCGAAAGCCUCUAUCUGAUGUUUCUAACACAAUGGAACCACUUUUACAUAAGACUUCAAGUGUUUUGGCAGAGUAAUCAUCUUUUGAUUACGAGAAGGAAGGCUUUUUGCAUGACCAUAAGCAGUGCAUCAAGGCAAGGAUAAAGGCUACCCAUAUGGAUGAAAUGGAUAUGUUUAGAUUGAUACAUGGACCAAAUUCAUCCAAGAAGCUUUUAUCUCCACCAAGAGCUUCUCUGCCAACCAAAGUCGGGGUAAAUUGGCAAGAGAGUCUGAUAAUGUACUUGGAAGAGAUACAUGAGGAUCAAUCCACCUUGUUGCUACCUAUCAAGCAAGGUUACACACCUCCUUGCAAUUCUCCUCCUUUAUCACCAUAUCGCUAUUCCAAUUUGCCUUCUAUAUGGGAGGACUAUGAUUUUCAGGUGAUGGGAUCACCAUAGUUUCCAAGGCACUGCUUCCAAACUCUGUAUGAUGUAAUGCGCCAUCAAUCAUCUUCAUAUUGAUGG